GGGCGGGGCCGGCGCCGCUCCCAGCUCGCAGGUAACGCCGGGACCCCGCGCGUCCCCCGCAGCGGCACCGGGAGGAGGGGAGCGGGCGGCGGCUCCUGUCCUGUCCUGUCCUGCCUUGUCCUGCCCUGCACUGCACUGCUCUCCCUGCUCUGCCCGGCCCGGGGUUCGUCCCCUCUCUCCCCGCUCCCGACCCCCGCCCAGGCCCCGCAGCCGCAUCCAGGCCUCCUCCAGGAAUCCCCUUCUGCUGAACGAUGACGAUCUUAGACCCCGGCUAACUGACACAGCACGGGCUGCUCACGGCUCCCUCACUGCUCCUCCCGGGCCGAUGGUGGAGUCCUCUGCGAGGAUCGUCUCCAUUCAAACCGGGCGCCAGUGUGAGAAGAGGGAAAGCUGCCAGCUGCCCCGUGCUUGAGCCAUGCUGGGCCGAAAAGCAGGACCCCCCCACAACCUGAACAGCCACCGCCAGAAAAACCAGUCCUACCAGCAGGCUGUGCCCCCGAGGAGCCGACCAUCCAAGGAAGCCGAGGUCGGGCUGGAGGUGCUGGGUGGUUUGACUCCUGAAAUCAAACAGAGCCGCACCAGAGCCCAGCAGAUGCGGGACAGGAAAGGUCGCAAAGCUGACCUCAAAGACUCCAAUGGGAGAGAGGCAGAAACGAUUACCUUCAUCUCUGGUACGGCAGAGGCUCCCGCAAACCAGAGCUUCUGCUGUUCCUCUCUGUCUCAUGCCUGGAAAACGUACAAAGCUGUUUUCUGUUGCAUAGUGACCUGUGGGGGCUGCUUUCAGGACUGCAGCGUCUGUAUCCCCUAUCCAGGGCCUGCUGAGACCUCCACCGACGAUGGGAAGAAUGGAGAUUAUAACGGGCGGCUGCCAAACAGCCCUGCCAACGUCUCCCCCACCGAGAAGAAUGGGAACCAGAUCAAAAAGUCCCACAUGGGCAGCAGUUUCAGUUACCCGGAUGUCAAACUGAAGGGCAUUCCUGUCUAUCAGAACAGGAGCCUGGGCCACCACGUGGAGUCAGAUUCGUGCUUCAAAGAGCUGCUGCCGGAGAAGCCCUUCAGGAACAGCAUAGAGAAGCCACCGCUCCCCAGCAGCCACAGGAGUUCAGAGGAGUAUUAUUCCUUCCACGAGUCUGACCUGGAUAUCAGCGAGCUGAACGGCUCCAUGUCCAGCAGGGAGAUCGACGUCCUGAUCUUCAAGAAGCUGACAGAGCUCUUCAGCGUCCACCAGAUCGAUGAGCUGGCCAAGUGCACGUCAGACACUGUCUUCCUGGAGAAGACCAACAAGAUCUCGGACCUCAUCAAUAGCAUAACUCAGGACUACAACCUGGAUGAGCAGGAUGCUGAAUGCAGGCUGGUCCGAGGCAUCAUCCGUAUCAGCACUCGGAAAAGCAGGGUCCGGCCCCACAUUUCUGUCCCAGCCAGCCAGAGCCAUGAGGAAAAGUCCAGCAGAGGCAACGCACCAGACAGUGGGAAUGAAACAAUGCUGGAGUCCACGGUCAUCAGCCAGGACGAUUUGGCCGUGCAAAUAUCAGAGGAAACACCAGCAGAUGUGCUGGCCAGGAAUAUGAGGCGGCAUAGCAGCGCAGGCUCUCCAACAAGCAGAGAUUCCUCUUUCCAGGACACAGAGACUGACUCAUCUGGAGCACCUCUGCUUCAGGUGUAUUGUUAAGAAAAGGGACCCAAACAGCAGGCAGGCAUUGCAAGGCUUUGCUGCAGAUUUCUCCUCUUUCCAUAUGGAGCAUAUUAUGUCACUUUUUCCCCCCAGUCUGCCCACAUCCUUUGUUGAAGCCAAAGUUCUCCUACUGUCUGAGUUUCCCUGGGAAUGUUUUUUUCCUUUGGACAAUAUAGAACAUUAAGGAAGUGAACUGUGGAGCUAACACGCUUGGGAGGUGGAAUGUGUGCCCAGGGAGGAGAAGAUGAACAAGGAAGUACUCGAUGAUUUUAUUCCCAAUCUACACGUUCAGUUCAGCAAUCUCAGUGACCCAACUCCUUCCCUGCUUUGAGAAUGUGCUGUACAUUUCUUGCUUGCUGGCAUUGCAGAAGUUAACCUGGGGAGGGGAUUAUCAGAUGGUGUCUGUGUUAGUGACAGUGCUGAGGCAAAGGCCAGGCAGCUGCUCUCCAAGGACCCAGACCUCUGUGUAAAGAGCCUGGGUUGGUGGUCCCAGAAAUACAAGUCCUUUACCCGUGGCGUUGCAGAUCUGCCUUCAUCCUGCAGCCCUUAGUGUCAUAUCCCAUUGCCUCACAAGGAGAAGGUUCAGCUAAUGUGGUUUGUUUCAACUUUGGCCUCUUGGCCCCUCUCCCAAGAUAGUGCCAGCUGCAGGGAGGCGAUACCUGAACUGCUGCCCUCCUCAUCUCCCAGCUACUGCCAGCCCAAUGUAAGCGGCACGCAUUGACCUGUGGCUUGCAUGCCAGUCUGCUCUCCUCACUCACCACCAAGCCCUGUGCAUUUCCCCAUCGUGCUUGUUGUCAGGCUGGCUGCUGGGGCAGCCCUGGCACAUGGGUUACGGCAGGUACGUGAGACAAUCCCUUCAUUUUUAGUGUUUUUUCUAAUGAAAGGUUGGGCUGUUUGACUGCUCUGCCAGGAAAUCCCCUCAGAGUGUCUUACUUUGAACAAAUGCCUUCCUCAGAGAGCAUCUCCAAAGGGCCUGGGAGGAGCUGCUUGAUCCUACAUAACCCUGUGAGUGCUCAGCACCUUCUCUUUCCUUUGCUCUUCUUUCACAGCCACGUACAGCUGUGGCACUGCUACCCCAAGGGCACAGAGCCAGAUGACCUUGAGGGCUGCAGCAGGAGGAAGCUGUAUCUCGCUGGUGUUGCCACUUGGUUGUUUAUCAGAAAGUAAACACGUGAGGCCAUGGGACUUGUUGAUACCUUCAGGUGCCCUUGGACACGACUAGAAAAUGUUCGGUUGGAUUUCCCAUCAGUAGAAUCAAACACGCCCACUGGUUCCUGGGGAGGGGGAAACCAAAGUAGGUCCCAUGCUUUGGUGUGGACCAUGUUUGUGUGCCUUAACUAAGCUGAAAUGUGCCUUAAUUGAACUGAAACGUGCCUUGAGUUCAUAGCCUGUGAUUACUCUCCCAAAGGUUGGGUAGGGGGGAGAGGAUUAAAUUCUUUAUGUAAGCAGUCAAACUUAUUUAAGUGGCCAAAGCCCUUUGAAAUGUACAGUCCAAGUCCCUGCCAGAGCCUGUUCUUGUAAACUGCUUGCAUUUCCCAGCGUGAUUUCAUGAAUCAUGGACAUCACUGAGACCACACCUUGAGACACUGACUGAGAUAUUGGCAAUAAAGGGGUCUGAGACAUUG